AUGUACAUCCUGGACUAUCCAGAUUUAUCUGAUUUAACUUAUCAGCAAUGGGAGCUGACAAAAGAUGUUAUAAAUCUUUUACAACCGUUUGAAGAGUUGACAAAUCUUGCAAGCAAAAGAGAAUGCUGUUUAUCAGAAGUAAUUCCUUUGGUAAAAACUUUGAUUUCUUAUUUAAGCAACAACUCUAAAGAUAUAUUUUGUGGUGUAGAGGCACUUAGAGGCGCCCUUAAAAAAAAUUUAGAAAAGCGGUUUAGCCACAUUUUUAGUGACGAAUACUUUACAGUGGCCACUCUGUUGGAUCCACGCUUCAAAAAUAAUUUUUUUGACAGCACAGAAAAGCAACAGAUGUAUGAAGUACUCAAAAACAAAAUUCGUGAGUUAGAGGGAGGAAGCACAACUGUUGCUGACAGUGCAAGUGAGGAUGAUGAUAUUCCAUUAAAAAUACUAAUACAGGAGACAACUGCAGAAACACCGAAUACCUCACGAGAUAUGUUCUGGCAGACGUAUGAACAUUUUGCAGGUGAAGGGACAUCUGGAAAUUCCCAACGAAAACGGGAGCACCAAUCAGUAAAUACACUAGACAAGGAAAUUAAUGCGUAUACCAAUCUACCAGUGAUUGCAAGAUUUGACAAUCCUGUUCAGUGGUGGAAUGAUAAUAAAUUGCGAUUUGCCAAACUUUUCCCACUAGCUGCCAUAUAUUUGUCGGCACCAGCUGGGAGUGUAGCGAGUGAACAAGUUUUUUCUGAGGCAGGCAACAUUUAUGAUGCCAGACGAAGCAGGUUAACACCUGAUAGGGCGGAAGCUUUAUUAUUUGUACACCACAAUUUGCCUAAGUUAAAUUUUAAGUAUUAA